AUGGCAUCGCCUUCAGCGGUGUUCCUCAAAAAGCUGGAGUCCUUCCUGAAGCGGAUCCGUAAGUGGGACACCGAGUUCCUUUGCAUCGGAAAGAACGCCGCAGAGGUCUUCAACGUGCCGAAGCCGGAGGAGGUUGUGCCGCGAAUCACAGCCAACCUUGAUUACUUCAGCGUGAACUAUGCGGUAUGCCUUGCCGUCUUUGCCCUGACCUCCAUCGUGGUAUACCCGCAGCUGCUGGUGCUCGUUUGCGUCUUCUCGGGCCUCUGGUACGGCUUGCUGACGCGGCCGAACCACAUGAGACUGCAGAUUGCCAAUGCGCUGCUGACGAAGCGCCACUUGAUCUACGCCUUGGGCUCAUUGAACGCUCUGGUGGUUCUGGUCUUCUACCGCAUGAUGAUCUUUGCCAUUAUUGGUGCAUCGUUGAUGUUUGUUCUGCUCCAUGCUGGCCUACAUGCCGUGCCCGCGAAUGCCAAGGGAAAGGUGGCGGAGGAGGAGGGUUCAGAGCAGACCGCCCCGAUCGUCUGA